GGUUCAUUCGACCCUCGUAUUGUAGAAGUAAUAUACUUUACUCAUCUGCUAAAUAGAAUGUAUUUUAAGCAACUUGAACGGGCGUCUUCUCUAGCGCACUCAGAUGAGCCAGAGACUGCGUUCUGGAAAUAGGGGGACAAUAGGUUUGAGCUUCCCUCGUCAAACGAUCCCCCGGCAAUUACGCUUCGUCGUAAGAACCCUUCGUGCUUCAGCUUUGCUUGAACUCCAGAACAGAAGGCAAGACUAACGGCACGAAGGUUGGGCGGUCCUUGAUGAUCGACAGGUGAUCGUGGCCGCCGUGAUCAGCGCCAUGUACGCGAUAGUGAUGACCGCGGUGAUCGUCGCGGUCGCGAUAAACAUCGUGACCGAGACCGCGAUGUCGCCGAGCGCGUGGUUCCUGUUCCUAAUAAUCGGCCAGUUCGCGAGCGCGGGCCUCCUGCACCCGUGCGAGAUCCAUUGCCUGAUGCACGGUCUGAUCUAUUACCUGGCGGUGCCCGCGAUGUACGUCCUACUAAUCAUAUACUCACUCUGCAAUCUCAACAAUAUCUCUUGGGGCACGCGGGAGGUUGAGGCGAAGAAGAGCCACGCGGUAAUUAAUCUCGCCCGCUCUACUAACUCCGGACUAAUCUAACCGCGGUGACUCCCUCGCGAUAUAUCGACUUCCGCAGCUUUGUACAUACGCAAGGUUUUUUUUGUUUUUCAAUUAAUCUGUUAAGGAAUAUGCGGCACAUUGAAAAUUUUAAUUUAUCUAAAAUAAAGUUUUUUUGUUUAGAAAUAUAUUUUUUAUCGAUUCUGGAAUGAAUUAACAAACAGAAGAAGUGAAAAGUUUUUUCUAGAAUUUUUCCUUUUCAAUUUUAAGAGGAUGCUAAAGCCGUCUGUUUUAUCGACAUUCUGUUCAACCUUUUAGUUUUGAAUUGAAUUUACAGAAUUAAAAAUCCUUGUACACAAAAAUGCAAAAAAUGGAUUGAGGAAUAAGACUAUGUUUGUCAAAUUACGAUUUAUAAAAACCAUAAAAAAAGAUAUUUAUCAAAUUUUCAGAAAUCUGUAGUGAAAGCGCUUAGAUGAAUAAAAUUUGAUCACACAAAUAUCUUUUUUUAACGACUUGUAAUCGUAAUUUGACGAAUAUAUUCUUAUUCCUUAAUUUAUUCCAAAUCGCGGGACACCAUUCAUUUAUACGUAUAAGUUACAUAACUUGUAUUUUAAAGCAAAUAAUUUUCAUGAACAAGGAUAAACAAAUGACUGUACAUUAUCGACCUCAAUCAAGUUUGACAGUUUAGCCUGUCAUCCUCUUAAUGAUCUACCUUUGAUUUUUUUAGUAGGAAUAUAAUAAUAAAAAUAUCGAAAUAUAUUAAAUUGAUUAAAUUAACAAUAAAAUAAAAAUAUUAUUUUGUUAAUUUGAUUGUGAAAUAUUGAAAUAUAAUUAGAUAUGUAUAAUGUAUAGUUAAUAUUGUAAACUUGAUUUCUAAAAGAUUAUUUAUUCUACUAAGAUCCUUUCGCUCGUAAUGAAAUUUCUUUCUUCAAGCAAAUCAUUAGUGGGUUGUUUCCUUGGUAUACAUUCUACUGUAUUAUACAAUCAAUUCAACUAACUUAAUUAGCGCAACUUCACGAGAGGCACACAGUGAGUAAGAAUCGAGUGCGUUUCAUCACGAUUGUUCAUGCGAUUCAGGAACUCGAACAAGAGAAG